AUGGCCUCACCCAACAGCCACACCUACCUGGUGACGGGCGCCAAUCGAGGCAUCGGUCUAAGUCUAAUCACCACCUAUCUCUCACGACCCAAUACCACCGUCAUCGCAGGAGUCCGCGACCCUUCAACCCCUUCGUCAAAAGCUCUCUCCGGCGUCCACAGAGACCCUAGCAGCACCCUCAUCAUUGUCAAGAUCGACAACACCUCCGCCACCGACGCCAAAACCGCGGUCGCUUUCCUGCAGUCCGAGCACAAAAUCUCGAAACUCGACACGGUCAUCGCCAACGCCGCGGUGCAGAAUCUAGUCUUUGCCACAUUGGCCGAUGUCGACCCGGCGCAGGUGCAGGAGCACCUCUCCAUCAACGCCAUCGGGUCGCUACUGCUUUUCCAAGCCGUUUUACCGCUGCUCCAAAAAGCAUCGCAGCCGAAGUUUGUCGUGUUGGGGUCGCCUAUUGGGAGCAUCGGUGGCAUGGAGAAGCGACCUGUGCCGAUGAGUGCGUAUGGCGUCUCCAAGACCGCGGCUCACUAUCUCGUGAGGAAGAUGCAUUUCGAGAAUGAGGGACUGAUUGCUUUCGCUGUUGAUCCCGGGUUCGUACAGACCGCCUCAGGCAACGAAGCGGCUCGUGCUUUCGGCAUGGGAGAGGCGCCCGUACCAGUGAAGAAGAGUGUUGAAUUCCUGGUCGCUACGAUUGACGGUGCCACUAGAGAUAAGACUUCUGGCCAUUUCCCAUCUAUUGAAGGCGAGGACUGGGCCUGGUAA